UUUAUUUAGAAAAAAAAAAAGUUAAGAAUUUUAAAAUUGUUAUUAUUGUAAAGAAAUAAAAUAUAAAAUUGAAUUUAAAUUAAAUGGACAAUCAGCGACAUCAAUGACCACUUUCAAAAGAGUAAUAAAUUAAAUAUGUAUGUACAUAUAUACAUGCUUACAUAUAUCUUGUAAAUAUGUGUCAGCGUUUUUUUAAACACCACAGACAAGAUUAAUCACUCGACCCUAUUUUUUAACACAAAAAACAAAACUUGGCUUAUUCUACUCAUAGAUUUUUAAAAAUAUCGACAAUUAAUUAUUUAUUAAUUAAACAUAUAUAUAUUCGUUAUUUAAAAUGGAGCCGGAUCAAGAGUACGGCAGCCAAGCGGAUUUUAUAAAAGACGAAUUUAAUUUCGGUGUUGAUCCAAAGGAUCCCUACACCAAAGCUCUGCUGAACGAGGAGCCCAAGGAAGAUGAGUGGAUGGACAUCCUGGGCAAUGGACAAUUGAAAAAAAAGACGAUCGUUAAAGGGCAGAAAGGCACUAGACCUAAUCAAGGUGAUCUCUGCACUGUUGACAUCACCGGGAGCUUGACUCCAGAUGGCAAGGAGGUAAUUGAAACCUUGAAGGCUGUCACUGUCCAGCUUGGAGAUCACGAAGUCAUCCAGGGGUUAGAGUUGGCUCUAGCGCUGAUGGACGUCGGCGAGGUUGCUGAGAUAGAAAUAGCUGCGAGAUUCGGGUAUGGAGAUGUCGGCAGACAGCCAGAAAUACCAGCAGGAGCUAAACUUUUUUAUAAUGUGGAAUUAAAAAGUGUCGAAAUGGAACCGGAUGUUGACAGUUUGACUGUCGCUGAAAGAAAAGCUAUUGGAAAUAAAAAACGUGAACGUGGGAACUGGUGGUUUUCUCGCGACGAACCGACGAUAGCGAUCCAGUGUUACCGCAGAGCAUUGGAAUUUUUAGUUCCCGGUGACAAUUACGAUCCAAAAAAAUUAAAAGAUGACAAAAUAAUAACAGAUAGUGACUUGGAAGUGCUUUUGGACGACAGAACAAAAGUUUACAACAAUCUAGCGGCUGCUCAAAUAAAAACUGAAGCUUACGAAGCAGCUCUGGAAAGUGUCGACAACGUUCUGAGAACUGAACCCCACAAUGUAAAGGCGUUAUUCAGAAAAGGUCGGAUUCUUCAUAAAAAAGGCGAGUACUCAAGUGCCGUAAAAGUUUUCCAAGAGGCUGCGAAGCUGGACCCCGAGUCCAAAGCCAUCCAGCAAGAGCUGUCAGUCCUCAAGGGAAAAAGUGCACGGGAAAAUAUAUAUGAGAAAAAGCUGUACCGUAAAAUGCUGGGGGGCUCAAGCGCGGAGAGCUCGUCGCCGACAGAAAGUAAAAAAAAUUCAAAACCCUCAAAAAAAUCAAACAAAAGUAAAUUAGCCUGGAGUCUUAUCGGCGGGACACUGGCUGCUGUCACCGGUGUAAUUCUGUAUAAAUUAUCAUUUUAAAAUAUCAAUUAAGUUAUUACUGAAUUAUGUUUAAUAUUUUGAAUUUAUUUUAAAUAAUAACAUUCCGAAUUUAUAAAUUA